UCCAAUUUCCUUAGGUCGUCUGUAGUAGCAGUUAUUCUACUCAUUAGGAUGUUGGCAUCAAUGCUAUUUAAUAUACCCAAGCCUGUUCCCAAUAACCCAGUGGCAUCUUGUGGCAUGUGUCAAGUUUGUUUCAGAGAACAUCCAUGUAACUCUGCUAACCAGCUGGUGUGGGCAGUUCUCAAAAAGGUGGUACAUUUUGAGUUGAUUUCUGAGAUAUUAAUGUGCAGCGCUAGCUCUACCCUUUUUAGAAACCAACUAGGGUUAAAGAGAACCCGUUGUUGUCCCACAUUUUUAAUUAUGUAAGGACAUGUGUUGAAGAUGGAAGGAGUUAAGACUAAUGGGAGGCUGAGUUGGUAUACUUUCAAAUAUUUGUGGGAGAGAGUCUUCUUAUCCUUUGCAAUCAAUGCAUAUCACUCUAUCAAUCAUAAAUUCAAAUAGCAAUGCAGUGCCUUUGUAACCCCAAAGACAGUACACAAUUGAGGGUUUGGUGAAAGUAAACCCUUAAUUGUGCGAGCAAUCAGAAUUUGGCCCUGGGGCCAUGCCGUCCAGUUCCCCCACCACCCCAAGGCACAGGGAGACCUGGAGACUCACAGGGACAGGCACAGGAAAAUGACACCCAGCCCACCCCCCUCCACCACAUCCUGGCACAAAUGUCUGGCCUAGCUACUCCGCUGCCUGAGGCCACCAGCCUGCCCAGAAGCAGCCCCGUGUGUCUGCUCGCGUCCCCCACCCCUCCCAGCAUGCCCUGAAGCGCAGAACCUCCCAGAGUGGCUCCACCCAGCCACCCCUGCCCUGGCUCAGCUCUGCCUCGUGCCAGCCCCGGCUGUGAGCAGCUGCCGGCCCUGUCCGACACCAGCCCGGAGCCGGCCCCAUUGGCACCCCCUGCACUGCCCCAGAACCGGGCCCCUCAGCGACCCCCCCCAGCCAUGGCUGCACCCAAGUUUGCUGACCUGCCCGGCAUCGCAUGGAAUGAACCAGAGGUUUAUGAGACCAGCAACACACCUGAGGGUCACCAGGCUGAGCUGGAGGCGGCAUGGAACGAACCAGAGGUCUAUGAGACCGGUGACAUGCUCAAAGGCGACCAGGCCCAGUUGGAGGCGCUGCCUGCAGCAGCAGCUGAAGAAUUGGCAAAAUGCAGGAAAGAAGCACCAGUGAAGAGCCCUGCCAAGGCCCUGACAUCCAUCAGAGACACGGUCACGUUUGAGGUGUACUGGAGGCCAGGGCAAGACCAGUUUGCCCUGGAUGCCAAGAUAAUGGAGCUGGAGAAGCGGCUGGCACAGCUGGAAGCCACAGUGCAGUGCAAGCCCAUCAGCCAGAAUCUGCUUCUGGUUGAGCCGAUGGGUUCCAGCCUCCUGGAGACUGCGCAGAUCCUGCAGGCCAAGGUGAACAUUUUGGAUGAGGUCAUGCUGGACCAAAUAGAGGCCCGGCUGAAGAGCAUCCUGGGGAAGGUGAAUGAGAUUGCCGAGCAUGAAGCAAUGGUGCAAUGCGCCAACAGCCAGAGCAAGAUCCACCAGACAUAUGAGUUAGUGCAGCACUGGGACCCCAUAGCCAGCAGCCUGCCUGAUGUGGUGCAGUAUCUGCUGACCCUCAGGGACCUGCACGAGGAAGCCACACAGGUUGGGCAGGUCCUUGAGGACAUGGAAACCAUGCAGAAGGAGAUAGCUGAUGCUCUCCAGGUCAACACUUUUCUGCUGGAGGUGGUCCAGAAGACAAUGAAAGAAUUCUUGGCCUUUGUAGAGGGAAACGUUGCUGAGACAGAAGCUAGCAUCAGGAAGCUGCAGAAGUGACAGCACCCCAGAGCCCCCCUGAGCAUUCCUGCUGCCUGGAUUCCUUGGGAUCCUUCCCACCCAAAGAGGCUCCUUCUCUGUGUCCUCCCCUCCCUCUCCCCCCCUCCAAAAAACCACAAACUUUUCUGGCUCAA